AUGGUUAUCGCAUCCCACGCCGAUGGGGCGGCGGACCCUAUCCUCCAGCGCAUGGCCGACGAGGAUAAGAUGCCCUGGUACAAGAAGCCGAAUAUGCGCAAGCUCUACUUUCUGCUGUUUCCGACGUGCAUGGGUGUCGAGAUGACGUCUGGCUUCGACUCGCAGAUGAUCAACGCUGUACAGCUGGUCGAUCCGUGGAAAGAAUACUUCAACUACCCGACAGGCUCAUUGAAGGGAAUCAUUGCAGCUAUCUACUCCCUUGGCGCCAUCUGUGCUCUUCCAUUCAUCCCCCUCGUCAACGACCGCUACGGGCGCCGCUGGUGCAUCUUCUUUGGCUCUAGUAUUAUGAUUGUUGGUGCAUUUUUGCAAGGCUUCUCCAACGGCGUGGGGAUGUAUCUUGUAGCGCGCUUCCUCCUCGGCGUCGGCAUCCCGUUCUGUAUCGUCGCGGCCUCAUCACUGAUGGGCGAGCUGGGCUACCCCAAGGAGCGGCCGAUCCUCACGUCCAUGUUCAACGCCUGUUGGUUCGUCGGCUCCAUCCUCGCGGCCGGCAUCACGUUCGGCACGCAGCAGGUGCCGUCGGACUGGGCGUGGCGGAUCCCGUCGCUGCUGCAAGCCGUGCCAUCCGCCUUGCAAGUCAGCUGCAUCUUCCUCAUCCCGGAGUCGCCGCGCUUCCUCAUCAGCCGCGACCGGCACGAGGAGGCGCUGGCCAUCCUGGUCAAGUACCACGCCGAGGGCGACGCCCGCUCCGAGUUCGCGCACGCCGAGAUGGCCGAGAUCCAAGCCACGCUCAAGAUCGAGCUCGAGCACAGCAAGCAGUCCUGGCUGGACCUGGCGCGCACGGCGGGCAUGCGCAAGCGGGUGCUCAUCUGCUCGCUGCUGGGCCUCUUCACGCAGUGGAGCGGCAACACGCUCAUCAGCUACUACCUGGACGACCUGCUCACGCUCAUGGGCUUCCGCGACCCGCAGUUCAAGGGCAAGCUCAACGUGGGGCUCACGUGCUGGCAGUUCGUCAACGGCAUGGCCGCCGCCGUCGUCGUCAAGCGCUUCCGCCGCCGCGCCAUGUACAUGGCGUGCACGCUGUCCCUGCUCUGCGUCUACGUCGGCUGGACCGUCUCCAUGGAGCGCUUCCUCAGCACCUCGUCCGUCGGCGCCGCCCGCCUGACCAUCUUCUUCAUCUUCCUCUACUCGCCCGCGUACAACAUCGGCUACAACGCCCUGACCUACACCUACCUCGUCGAGUUGUUCCCCUACGCGCAGCGCGCCAGCGGUCUGUCUGUGUUCCAGUUCUGGGGCCGGGGCGCUGGCUUCUUCACGACCUUUGUGAAUCCCAUCGGGUUGGAGGAGAUCAAGUGGAGGUGGUUGUUGGUGUAUUGCUGUUGGAUAGCAUUCGAAAUCGUGGUUGUGUACGUCUUGUUUCCUGAAACCAGUGGGAGGACACUGGAGGAGCUGGCGUUCUUGUUCGAGGACAAGCAACUCGCAGACGAAACAACCGCAGCAGUGGAAAAGCAAAUCCAUCACGAGGACAUGCCAACGAAAGACGGGAAGAUCAACCACGUCGAGACGGCUCGAGCGGCCUGA